UUGUUUUUUAGAAGAAAAAAUUCGAAGUUAUUUGUUUUCGUUACCCUAACGACUGCCGUUUAUGAACAGAGGACACAGCCUAGACGCGUGCGUACUUGUGCUUUUAGGCCUAGUUUUCGUUUACUUAGUAUGUGCAUUUCAACUCAAUUUUUUGUUAGAUAUAAUUUCUAUGAUGAUUGGAGAAGAACACUAAUUGUGUGUGGAUGGAUGCUUUUUAAGUUGAAUUAGGUAAAAUUGGUUUUAAUGUGAUGUGCUUUAUGUUUAAAUUGAGUUCAAAAUUAUGCAAAUUUGACAUCGAGGUCAACAAAAUUACUCUUAUUCAAUUUGUUUUUUUCAAAAUUAUGGUUGUUCUAAAAAAAGAAGACUCAAAUUGGUUUUGGUACCCCAAUUGUCGAAAGUAGUGACAAUACUUACAGCGAGCUUGCUCUUUUUGUGAAUUUUAAUGCAAAUAUUUGUUGUGCUGAAUACUGAGCUGUAAUUUCAAUUUUGAUUGCAACACUAAAAGUAGCGAAUAAGCUCUUCUAAGUUUUAGGCUUGUAGACCUAAUAAACUGUUCUAGGAUAGUUGGAAUUAUCUGUGACCGUGAGCAAGAUCAGUCAGUUGUGGAAUUUAUUAGCGGGAGUUGUGUGUAAUCAUUCCAAAGUUUUAAAUUGCUUUCUCAGUUACAUUUUCCUCGUGGUCCUUAAUGCUUUAGGAAACGGCAGAGAAAUGCAGCUGAUGUGGCAAUUGCAAUCACAUACCAUUUUAAAAAUCCUCGAUUCAUGCAGUCAUGAAUCCGGACUGUUAGGGAAUAACUUUUUAGCGCUGUGUGCAAGUGGUUACUAUGAUGGGACUGUAUUUCACCGCAACAUCAAGGGUUUUAUGAUUCAAGGUGGAGAUCCCACUGGAACUGGCAAAGGGGGAACCAGUAUAUGGGGCAAGAAAUUUAAUGACGAGAUACGAGAAUCACUGAAGCAUAAUGCUAGGGGAAUAUUGGCAAUGGCUAACAGUGGUCCAAAUACUAACGGAAGUCAGUUCUUCAUAACUUACGCAAAACAGCCACAUUUAAAUGGGCUAUACACUGUGUUUGGAAGAGUAAUUCAUGGAUUCGAAGUUCUUGAUCUCAUGGAAAAGACUCAAACUGGAGCAGGAGAUCGACCACUUGCAGAGAUAAGGCUCAAUCGUGUAACAAUACACGCUAAUCCUCUUGCUGGUUGAUUUUUGUCUCAACAGUUUUUUCUUUUGUAAAAUCUAAGUUUAGGACAGGGGAAUUAUUCUUAAGACUGAUUUGAGUGUCUUUCUUUCGUGCUUACCAACUUCCAAUUCAAAGAAGCAUUUUGAGAAAGUAGUAAAAAUGUAUAUUGAAUUGCGAGUUUGGUGCUAUAUUUAGCUUUGUAUCAUGAUUCUCAUAUAGUGCU